AUGCAAUUUGCAUUACCGCCACGAAAGACUUCUCGUCCUCCUAUUUAUUCUCGAUCAUCCCCUACAGCACUUCGACGGAGGCAGCUGAAAUCAUGUGCAGUUAUUAGCUGUAUUGUCGUCUCGAUUCUCUUUCUCGUCUUUCACCUUUUCUCUUCGGGCACCCCUUCAGUCGAUACCCCUGUAGCGGAUGGGCCUCCCGUGGUUAUUGUUACUGUCCUUGAUACGGAAUUAUUCAGUGACACAUAUAUACAACGGAUAAAGCAGAAUAGGGAGGACUAUGCGAAGCGUCAUGGAUACAUCAACUUUUUCGCUAAUACAGCGGAUUAUGUCCCCGUCAUGAACCUCCCGUCCGGAACUGUGGUCCCUCGAAGUUGGGCACUCGUUCCAGCAAUGCGACAUGCCAUGACAAAAUAUCCUGGAAGCACAUACUUUUUCCACCUUUCUCCCCAUUCCGUCAUCAUGGAUCCAUCCAUUUCUCUCGUGUCACACGUUCUAGAAAAGUCGAAACUGGAGUCACUCAUGAUCAAGGAUGCUCCUGUUGUCCCACCAGACAGUGUCAUAAAGACCUUUACCCAUCUCUCUGGAAAGGAUGUUGAUUUGGUUAUCACACAAGACGCAGAGAAUCUGUGCCCAGGGAGCUUCAUCAUCAAGAGAGGCCAGUGGGCUAAUUACUUUUUAGACGCGUGGUUUGACCCUCUUUAUAGGAGUUAUAACUUCGCAAAGGCUGAGAAUCAUGCCCUGGACCAUAUUGUACAAUGGCAUCCAACUAUUUUGGCCAGGCUCGCUCUUAUCCCUCAGAAGAUGAUAAAUGCUUAUUCCCACGAAGCUCCAAAGCCCGGCGCCAACGGGCUGUACACAGAAGGCGAUUUCAUCGUUCGUCUAGGCGGGUGUGAAUCUACACCUUCACGAAGCUGUGAAAGAGAAAUGGAACCUUACUGGAGCAAAUGGGCAAAGGCAAACGCCCAUGUUUAA